AUGAGUCUCUUCGGCCUUGGAAGCAACAAGAACCAGAGGACAUUUCGGCCGAAGAAAAAUGCACCAUCUAGUAAUAAGGGUGUACAGCUGAAAAAGCAUAUUGAUGCAACCUUAGGAAGUGGUAAUUUGAGAGAUGCAGUUCGACUGCCUCCGGGGGAGGAACUCAACGAAUGGCUAGCUGUUAACACUGUUGAUUUCUUCAAUCAGGUCAACAUCUUAUAUGGCACUCUAAUAGAGUUCUGUACACCUGCUACAUGUCCUACUAUGACAGCCGGAUCCAAAUUUGAGUACAGAUGGGCUGAUGGAGUGCAGAUAAAGAAACCAAUCGAAGUUUCGGCACCAAAGUAUGUGGAGUAUUUGAUGGACUGGAUUGAGGUCCAACUCGACGAUGAGUCACUUUUCCCCCAGAAACUUGGAACCCCUUUCCCACCAAAUUUUCGGGAAGUUGUGAAGACAAUAUUUAAGCGACUUUUCCGUGUUUAUGCUCAUAUUUAUCACACACAUUUUCAAAAGAUUGUGAGCCUCAAAGAAGAAGCCCAUCUUAACACCUGCUUCAAGCAUUUUACAUUGUUCACAUGGGAGUUCAAAUUGAUCGACAAGGCUGAGCUCGCGCCACUUAUUGAUCUAAUUGAAUCCAUCGUGACAGAACAAAAAGCCCUGCAUUACGAGUUGCAUAAAAACAUUGCGCUGCAGCGUCGUGUGACCAUCAGCCAGGCGGAGAAAAUCCAGCGCUUCCAGGCGGAGAAUGCGGAUUUGAAGAAACAACUAUCAGAAGCUCAAGGUGCCUCCUCUUCUCUCGCUGCAUCUUCCUCCGAGUUGGAAACUCUACGUGCUUCACAGAAGAAUCUUGAGGCAAAACUCGCAGAGGCAGAACAGAAAAUUUCUGAGAAGAACUCGGAGCUUGCUCGGAAAACUGGUGAGUUUGAGCUGAAAAGACAAACUGACAGCGACAUCAUCCAGAAGCAGCAAAAAAACUUGGAGGUCUUCGCAAGUAUAUGA